GUUGAUAAAAUUGUAAACAAAUGUGAAGAAUUUUACAGUUUUUUGUUAUCAAUUGGCUAAAAAUAAACAAUGCUGAAUAUUUACUAAAAGAAAACUUAAUAUUCUAAAACAUCUCCCUUUCUGAAAACAUUAUCGCUUAUUUGCAAAGUGCACCCUUCAGAGGAAAGUGAGUGAAAUUUUUGUACCUGAUUUUCGAUUGUGAGAAAAUAAAUUAAAUCGAAAGAUGACCGACAUAGAAAGUUUGCCCGUGGAAACAUUUUUAGAUAUACUAAAACUAAUUGACGGUGUCACGUUAGCAAAAUGCAGAAGUGUUUGCAAAAAAUGGAAAGAUUGUAUUGAUGGCACAGAUUGGUUGUGGCACGAAAUUUGCAAAAAUGAGUUCAAAUUCUCGUCUAAAAUUGCAAAGCAGAAGUCGGGAAGCGACUGUGACUGGUACCACAUUUAUAAGAACCUCAAAAUGUGGUCUAAAGUUAUGUCUUUUGAGAGAAAUGUAAGAGAAUUCUACAAGUUUACAUUACACGACAAAAACCACGCUCUGGAUGUUAACUAUAACAUUUUACCCUUGAGGGAUACCAGAGGGGUGGUAAUGUAUGAUAUGAGCACACUGAAAUACAUACCAGUUUCAGUACCGGAGAAAAACUGUGUUAAAAUUGCUAAUAAUGACUUUGCCACCGUUAUACUUCUAAAGUCCGGAAUGUACAUCCAAAAAACAAUUGACAACAUCACGAACAUGUCUGAAGCAUUCUUCGAAGCAGAUAAUUUUGUUUUAGCUGGCAAUAAUGUAUACUUUUUCAAUAACAGAAAUGUGUACAAGUGUGACUUAAGUUUAGACAAUUUAUCAUCAAAACUAAUAAUUCAUUGCGACUAUGACAUAAAAGAUAUACAGUACGAUAACAAUGUCAUUCACAUAUUUACAGAUUGCGCCAAAAUAGUCAAUGUAUAUAAAAAUAAAACUACUGAAGUGAAACCGAUAAAUGUUCCCCCGGAAUGGACGAAACAAAUUAAAUAUAUCCGCGCAAUUAAUGACAAGAACUUUGUCUGUUACUCAAGAAACUUGUUCAAGAUUGAAACUGACAAAUACCGGCAUUUAUAUUUAGAUUUUCCACCUAUAACAGCGUUGUUCUUUUAUGCUGAUAUUGUUUUAAUUGGGACACGACAAGGGGAGAUCCUACUAUACCGACUGGCCAGUCAGAAACGGGCUAUAAAGCCUAUAUUUGAGGAUAUAGCUACGUUGCCAGGAGACAAGUUUGCUGUACAAUUGGAUGUUUGCGAAAGAAAAUCGGGUCCGGUGAUAGUAGUGGCAACGUUUUUUGAAAUAUUUCUUAUUGAGAUUGAUUUCUUUCCCCAUGAAAAAGAGCUCAAGAAAUCAUUCCCCGUUAACAAGCAGUAUAUGUACAAGAGGCUGUUGAGACUAAGAGACAGAAUAGCAUUGAAUUAUAGCUAAAUUAUAGUUUCAAAGAACACAGCUCAAGACCGAACGCGAUGGAGGACUGUUGUGGACGCCCUCUGCCCCAUCUAGGGGACAUAGGACCAUAAGUCAAGUCAAGUCAUAGUUUCAAAGAAAGUGAUGAUGUAAUCAGAAAAGUAUGAAAAAUAGUGUAUAGUAGUAUUUAUUUUUGUUUUUAAGAAUUAUGUUGGUAUGUUUCAAAGAUUACAUUAUAAGAGCAGAAAAUACUAGUACUUUUGAGGCUAGGAUUUUUGAAGUUGAAUGUACUAAGAGGCUGGACUCAGGUCUAAAUGGCAUAGUUAUGGCCAUUUUCGCCGUCAAUCCCUAGUUUAUAACUUUAUAAGUGAUCCCUAUGGUAACACAACAGGAAUUUUGUUUUCAUAGGGGUCACCUAAAAAUUAGGAAUUGAUGGUCAAAACGGACAUUAUAUAUAGAGUAGGACUGGUAAGGUGGUGUACUGGUGUGUCCCCUACGUAAUUUCGAAUACCGCUGUUACGACGAAUGCUGCUGUGAAUAAAUUGCUUAAUUGUUUUUACAUUUAAAAUUUUUAUACACCGAAAUAACGUUCGUUCGUUCGUGACUACAUCAUUCGAGUCCAUAAGCUUUCGUACCUAUCCUUUAAGGCAGUGAAAAAAAAUCGCAACAGCGGUAUUCGAAAUAACGUAGGGGAUCCGUCGCGUCUAAAAUGAUCGAUAAGAUUUGACUAGACAUAUUAAAUUAUCUCUAUCAAAAGUGGAUUAUAUCAAGUCUAAUCCUGCUACUAAUCAAAUUAGUAAACAGUGAAAUAUUGUGAUGGCAACGGUAAUACUAGGUU